UCAUAAAAUCUCUGUAAACACAAGAAGUGCUUCUUCGUAGGAGAUGGUUCAUAAAUUGGCAUAAACUCUCAAGAAUAUGAAACAAUUUUCAACUGAAUCCUCAACCAACAACCAUAUUUGAUCAGAUUACUGCUCUCCUUCUCCAAAUUCACUCUCUCAGUACAAGAAAUGCCUCUCUUUCCUUCUUCCAAGAAACACACUCAAGCUUUCUUCUCCCCAUUAAUGGCGCCUCGCUUCUUCUUCCACUCUCAAUUCCUCGCGUUCUUGCUCAUCUUUUACGCUUCAUUCGCCCAUCCAAACUCCUCUCAACGAGAGCCCGAUUACCUGAAGUUCGUGGCCAACGCCACGGAAUUUCCAGAAGAAGAUUACUACGAUUACAUAAUCGUCGGCGGUGGAACAGCUGGUUGCCCCUUGGCCGCCACAUUAUCAAGCAAAUUCCGAGUUCUUGUUCUGGAGCGCGGCGGCGUUCCUCACGGCAACUCCAAUCUGAUGUCUCAGGAAGGAUUCUUGACGACUCUAAUGGACGACGUCCACUCACGUGACUCCCCCGUGCAAGCCUUCACCUCAGAAGAAGGAGUUCCCAAUGCCAGAGGACGCAUCCUCGGCGGUAGCAGCGCCAUCAACGCCGGCUUCUACAGCCGAGCCGACCAAGCCUUCUUCAAAAACUCGCGUCUCAAUUGGGACCUCGCCAUGGUCAACCAAUCCUACGAAUGGGUGGAGAAAGAAAUCGUGUUCAGACCAAAUCUCAAGAACUGGCAAUCCGCCGUUCGUGACGGCAUGGUCGAAGUUGGAAUCAACCCGUACAACGGCUUCAGUUUAGACCAUUUAAUCGGAACCAAAAUCGGCGGCUCCACAUUCGACGAGUUAGGCCGACGUCACAGCGCCGCCGAUCUUCUUUCUUACGCAACGCCGAUUAACAUCAAAGUCGCCGUGUACGCCACCGUGGAGAGAAUUCUGUUAGCUUCCGGAGGGCCGUUGAGACGAACAACGGCAAUCGGUGUUCUUUAUCGUGACCAAAAAGGCGCGUACCACCACGCAAUGCUACGCGCGCGUGGGGAAGUAUUAGUAUCUGCAGGCGCAAUAGGAAGUCCGCAAUUACUGUUACUAAGCGGAAUCGGUUCACGUCCGUAUCUGUCAUCUUGGGGAAUUCCCGUAACUCAUCAUUUACCCUACGUCGGCCAUUACCUCUACGAUAACCCUAGAAACGGAAUCUCGAUCUUAGCGCCGAUGCCGUUGGAGCAAUCUCUAAUACAGGUCGCCGGAAUAACAGAAUCCGGAGCGUAUCUUGAAGCGGCGUCGAAUGUAAUCCCGUUCACAUCGCCGCCGAGGUCGUUUUUCAUUAGAACUCCAUCGGCGCCGGUGUAUCUUACAGUGGCGACGUUAAUGGAGAAGAUAACCGGACCGGUAUCGUCCGGUUCGAUGCGGCUGGCGUCGACGGACGUGAGGGUGAACCCGGUGGUUCGAUUCAAUUACUUCGGGAACGCGGUGGAUCUGGAGAGGUGUGUGAACGGGACGAGGAAGAUUGGGGAGAUUCUACGGAGCCGGUCCAUGGAAGGGUUUAAAUUCAGGGAUUGGUUGGGGAGGAGCGAAUUCCGGUUCGUGGGGCCGGUUUAUCCAGAGAAUGAAGAUGAAGAUGGGUCAAUGUUGAGGGAAUUUUGUAGGAGGAGUGUGAGUACGAUAUGGCAUUACCAUGGAGGAUGCGUGGCCGGGAAAGUGGUGGAUUCUAACUCUCGGGUGAUCGGAAUGGAAGCGCUGAGAGUUGUUGAUGGCUCCAUUUUUGGGGUUUCGCCUGGUACUAAUCCUCAAGCUACGCUUAUGAUGCUUGGACGACAUGUCGGUUUGCAGAUUAUCAACCAACGCUCCGCUAUUACUACACAUCGUAUAUAGUAUAUCAGUAUGUACUCUUUUUUUCUUCCUUAUUGGGAUGAUAUAUUUUCUUACCUACCUAUAU